AAUCUGCAUUAUGUAAAAUUUAAUUGUUUUUUUUUUCCUUUUUGAAGAAAAAUGCUGUGUUCAUAGAAAGAGGAGGAGCAAUAAUAGUAAUAAGAGAUAGAGCACAUAAUUCUCUUCCAUGUUUAAUGUCGGAGAAACUUUCAAAUAAAUCCAAAUCCUUCUUCGUCAUUAUUUGCAGAUUUAACAGCUCACUUACAACCCCCCAUCAAAUUUUUUUCAGUUCCAUAGUUCGAUUCCAUCAUUUCUUUUUUAUGUAAUUCCAUUUAUAUAUUUAAAUUCACACACCGCAUCUUACCCAAAUUCUUCCCACUACCAAAAACCUCUCUCUCUCUCUUUCUUUCUCUCUGUUCUUUUGAUUUUUCUGAAAAUGGUGGAAAUCUGAGAGAAAUCAAGAAGUGGGUAUGCCGAAAAAGAGGAUGAAAUCGAUAACCCAGAUUUUUUUUUGUGUGUUUCUAUACUGUUGUAUUGGUUUUUACACUCACUGUUCUGCUUCUGGGUUUAGUGAGGAAGCUUUGGCUUUGGCUUCGAUUAAAUCGGGGCUUGUUGAUCCAUUGAAAUGGCUCAGAGAUUGGAAGUUGGGCGAUGGAAAUGACAAGUUUGCAAAGCAUUGUAAUUGGACUGGAGUUCUGUGCAACUCAGAAGGAGCUGUUGAGAAACUAAGCCUUUCUCGUAUGAAUCUCAGCGGCAUUUUGUCCAACGACUUACAGAAAUUAACAAAGCUUACUUCUCUUGACUUGAGCUGCAAUGGGUUUUCAUCUUCUUUGCCAAAAUCUAUUGGCAAUCUCACUUCCUUGAAGAGUUUUGAUGUGAGUCAAAACUAUUUCGUCGGUGAAAUUCCUGUGGGGUUUGGGGGAGUGGUUGGAUUGACGAAUUUCAAUGCUUCAAGCAACAAUUUCUCUGGUUUAAUCCCUGAAGAUCUUGGAAAUGCAACUUUAAUGGAGAUUUUGGAUCUUCGGGGGAGUUUUCUUGAAGGGCCAAUUCCUAUAUCUUUCAAGAACUUGCAGAAGUUGAAGUUUCUUGGACUUUCUGGGAACAAUCUGACCGGUCGAAUCCCGGCCGAGAUCGGUCAGAUGUCAUCGUUAGAGACUGUUAUUAUUGGAUACAAUGAGUUUGAAGGAGGGAUUCCAUCAGAAUUUGGAAAUCUCACUAAUCUGAAGUAUCUUGAUUUGGCUGUGGGUAAUCUUGGUGGUGGGAUUCCUACUGAGCUUGGGAGGCUUAAAGAACUUGAGACUUUGUUCCUUUAUAAGAACCAAUUCGAAGAUCGAAUUCCAUCAUCGAUUGGCAAUGCUACUUCAUUAGUCUUUCUUGAUCUUUCAGACAACAAGUUAACAGGGGAGAUUCCAGCUGAGGUUGCUGAAUUGAAGAACUUGCAGCUGCUGAAUUUGAUGUGCAACAAGCUAUCUGGUGAAGUGCCUCCUGGAAUUGGAGGGCUGACAAAAUUGCAGGUUCUAGAGCUUUGGAACAACUCUUUUUCGGGCCAAUUGCCUGCCGAUCUCGGCAAGAACUCGGAGUUGGUAUGGUUGGAUGUUUCAUCCAAUUCCUUCUCUGGUCCAAUUCCUGCUUCUUUAUGUAAUAGAAGCAAUCUAACCAAGCUCAUCCUCUUCAACAAUGCCUUUUCGGGUUCGAUUCCAAUUGGAUUGUCAUCGUGUUACUCGCUCGUUCGUGUUCGAAUGCAGAACAAUCUGCUAUCUGGUACGAUUCCAGUUGGUUUUGGAAAGCUUGGGAAACUCCAGAGGCUAGAAUUAGCCAACAACAGUCUUUUUGGUAGUAUCCCAAGUGAUAUUUCAUCUUCCACGUCCCUUUCUUUUAUCGAUCUCUCUGAAAAUGACCUCCAUUCUUCUCUUCCUCCCUCAAUUCUCUCCAUUCCGAAUCUUCAAACUUUUAUAGUCUCUGACAAUAACUUAGAAGGUGAAAUUCCAGAUCAAUUUCAGGAAUGUCCUGCACUUUCCCUUCUUGAUCUAUCUUCAAACCAUUUCACAGGAAGCAUUCCAGAAAGCAUUGCUUCAUGUGAGAGAUUGGUAAAUCUGAAUCUUAGAAACAAUAAGUUAACCGGAGAAAUCCCAAAACAGAUUGCAAAUAUGCCUUCAUUGUCCGUCCUGGAUCUAUCAAAUAACUCUCUUACUGGUAGAAUACCCGAUAAUUUCGGUAUAUCCCCUGCACUUGAAUCGCUUAAUGUGUCAUACAAUAAGCUUGAGGGUCCAGUGCCAUUAAAUGGUGUGUUAAGAACAAUCAAUCCGAGUGAUCUUCAAGGUAAUGCUGGUCUAUGUGGAGCUGUCCUACCUCCAUGUUCACCAAAUUUAGCAUAUACAUCAGGGCAUGGGAACUCGCACACGUCACACAUUAUCACCGGUUGGGUCAUUGGAAUAUCUGGAUUGUUAGCAAUCUGUAUCACUCUUUUCGCUGUUCGAUCGCUGUACAAGAGAUGGUACUCAAGUGGAAGUUGUUUUGAAGGGAGAUAUGAAAUGGGUGGUGGAGAUUGGCCAUGGAGAUUGAUGGCGUUCCAAAGGCUUGGAUUCACAAGCAGUGACAUUUUGACUUGCAUCAAGGAAUCAAAUGUAAUUGGAAUGGGAGCAACUGGGAUUGUGUAUAAAGCUGAAAUGCCACAACUAAAGACAAUUGUGGCAGUUAAAAAGCUGUGGAGAUCACAACCAGAUCUUGAAAUUGGAAGUUGUGAAGGUUUAGUAGGAGAAGUGAAUUUGCUGGGGAAGUUAAGGCACAGGAACAUAGUUCGCUUACUUGGAUUCAUGCACAACGAUGUCGAUGUCAUGAUCAUCUAUGAGUUUAUGCAAAAUGGGAGCCUUGGAGAAGCCUUACAUGGAAAACAAGCAGGGAGGCUGCUUGUAGACUGGGUUUCAAGAUACAACAUAGCGAUUGGAGUUGCGCAAGGUUUAGCUUAUCUCCAUCACGAUUGCAACCCACCCAUCAUACAUCGUGACGUUAAGCCAAAUAAUAUACUUCUUGAUUCAAAUCUCGAAGCACGGUUAGCUGAUUUCGGUUUGGCACGGAUGAUGGCUCGAAAGAACGAGACGGUUUCAAUGGUAGCUGGAUCCUAUGGAUACAUUGCCCCAGAAUAUGGAUACACUUUAAAGGUGGAUGAAAAGAUUGACAUUUACAGCUACGGCGUUGUUCUUCUAGAGCUACUAACAGGGAAGAAACCAUUAGAUCCCGAGUUCGGAGAAUCUGUGGACAUUGUUGAAUGGAUAAAAAGGAAAGUUAGAGACAAUAGGCCUUUAGAAGAAGCAUUAGAUCCCAAUCUGGGGAACUUCAAGCAUGUUCAAGAAGAAAUGCUGUUUGUUCUUAGAAUAGCACUUCUCUGCACAGCAAAGCAUCCAAAAGACAGACCUUCCAUGAGAGAUAUAAUAACAAUGCUUGGAGAAGCAAAACCAAGGAGAAAAAGCAACAGUGGGAAUGAAGGAUUUGGAACUAACAAAGAGAAGCCAGUUUUCAGCACUUCACCUGUAAAUGGCCUUCUUUAGGAAGAAGGAAACAAAGGAGUUCUCUAAUGAAUUGGCCUUAAAAUCCCAGCCCCCCAUUUUGAUCCUUUUACAUUCAUCAUUGUACGUAGGAUUGAUCCACUUUUUUUACUCUGUUUCUUAAUUAAUUGUAAUGAUUGGCUCAUAAUUUGUUGGGUGUGUACAAGAGCAGAUAAUGUAUAGUAUAAAUUGCAUAUCUGCCAUUAGAAUGUUAAUUCUUUUUUACCUUUCAUGGACAAAACCAGAAAUCUUGGGGGUAGCAAAUAUAAAUUGAAAAUGGAAAGGCUUGUAUAACAAAUAUCAUUUGAAGUUUCAAGCAAUAUAUAUAAGAGCAAUACAAGCAUUGUUGUAAUCCA